AGGUUUGGGCUUAAGAAGCCCUAACAGAAGUACCAAGGGAUUUGCCAGUUUCAUAUACUUCAACGAACUAGCGGAGCUCUGAUCCUCCGUCAACCGACGAUGUCGGUGUCGGAUCACAUAAUCUCCCAAACAAACACAAGCAACCCGGAAACUACAGUUGCAGACAACUUAGAACCAGUACGAAAAAGUGAAGAAGAUGAAGAACAGCAGUUACAUAAGCUCCUCCUUCCCGAUGUUCGACAUCUCCCUCUUUCUCCUCCCUCAGCGGUCGAUUCCAACUUCGUCUCCUACUACGCCCGAGAUUUUAUGAAGCUCGAACAUGACCAGUAUAUUUACCGCCAUGCCAAUGGAUGAGACUUGAGACUUGAGAGUUCAAACAUUUUUUUUAAAAAAUAUAUUUUGAAAUUUCGUUUUUCUUUUGAAGAUUUACAUUUCGGAUUGCAUAAUGAAUUGAUUAAAAUUUUAGAUUGUGCGUGAUCGGUUUAGCUUCCACACAUGUAGCUUUUAAGGAUAAAGGUGGAAUCACCGCUGUUGAUUUUAAUGUCGGCAAGUCUGAUCGCAGUGGGAUUAAGGUCACUGGAAAGCGGAAGAAGAAUGCGCAACAUUUUGAGUCCAACACGGCUUUGUGUAAAGUUUGCACCGGUGAUGCUUCUUACAUUGUGAGGUCUGCUUCUUUGGUGGGCAUUACUUUCUUCAUAUUGAACUUGAAGCCACAGCUUUUAAGUUGCUUUGCACAGGUGUUGUGUUAAAGGUUCUCUAUUGGAAGUUAAUGAUAGAUUGAUUAAACAGCCAGAGCUGCUCAAUUCAUCGGCAGAACGAGAAGGAUACAUAGCCAUCAUUAUGCCAAAACCAGCAGACUGGUUGAAGAUGAAGCUUCACUACUAGGGCUUGAAGAAUUCAAGAAAUUAAGAACACCAUGCUGACUUAUUGGUUCAGUAGGAAUUGAUUUGUUACUGACAAUUGAAGAAAACAAGAAAUCUCCUGGGAAAUUCCAGCUCGUCAGAUUGAUAAACAAAUUUGUACAUGAGAGAACCCUUCAUCAUCAGCAGUUCAUUUGCAGCAUUUUUACCGGUGAAGCUCAUCACCAUGGACAACAAGAUUGAUAAAUUGAUGUUUUGUUUUAACUUUCAUUAAUCACAAUGUGGAAGAGUUGAGAACUGAAAAAGACUAGUUCUGUAUUCUUUUCAAUAAUGAUUAACAUUUUUA